AUGUCGACUCCCACGACACCAGAAUUCAACUCGUCCGAGCCCUGGGGCGGCGAUCCUCUAACCACCGACGUCAAUGCGCAAUACGCUGGACUCGAGUACCACUACACCUACCUCGUCUUCUGCGGCUUCAUCGUCUGGCUCAUCAUUCCCGGAAUCGGACUGCUGUACGGUGGGCUCGCGAGAAGAAAGAGUUCCCUGUCGCUGCUGUUCCAAAGCUUGAUGGUGGCGUCGGUGACGACGUUCCAAUGGAUGUUUUGGGGCUACAGUCUCGCGUACUCGAGGACGGCGAAUGCGUUUAUUGGAGAUUUGACCAACUUUGGCAUGAUGAAAGUGAGAGCUGCGCCGAGUCCGGGGAGUGCGGUGAUUCCUGAGAUCGUCUUUUGCCUGUACCAAAUGCUCUUCUGCGCCUGCACCGUGCAAAUCGUUAUCGGCGGUUCGUUCGAGCGUGGUCGCAUCCUGCCUUCACUGGUCUUUGCCUUCUUCUGGGCCACGGUCGUCUACUGCCCCAUUGCGUGUUGGACCUGGAACAGUAACGGCUGGCUGUACACGUUGCCCUCGCUCGACUUUGCUGGAGGUGGACCCGUGCACAUCGCGUCGGGAUGGGCUGGUCUGGCAUACGCGUUCAUUCUGGGCAAGAGAAGGAGUGUCGGCGCCCAGUCCAAGAAGAAGCCGCACAACACGACCUUGGUCUUCCUCGGAACGAUCUUGAUCUGGUUCGGCUGGUUCGGAUUCAACGGCGGCUCCGCGCUGAACGCGUCCGUUCGUGCCAUGUAUGCGGCAUUCAACACCAACACCGCGGCGAGCUGCGGCGUGCUGGGCUGGGUAUUGGUCGACUACAUCCGCACCAAAGGCAAGUUCAGUGUCGUCGGUGCCUGCGAAGGUGCCAUUGCGGGACUGGUCGGCAUCACGCCGGCAGCAGGUUAUGUGAGCGUCUGGCUCGCAGCAGUGAUUGGCUUCUUGACUGCGGUCGUGUGCGCCAGUCUGCAGAACCUCAACGACUGGUUGAACAUUGACGAAGGGCUGGAAGUGUUCAAGCUGCACGCGGUGGGCGGCAUGAUGGGAUCCUUCAUGACGGGCAUCUUCGCCGACCAGACCAUCUCUGCCCUCGAUGGCGCGUCGCUGUACCCGGGCGGAGUCAACGGCAACGGCAUCCAAGUAGGCAAGCAGUUGGCAGAGAUUAGUGCCAUCUCCGCCUACAGCUUCGUGGUGACGUGCAUCUUGCUGCUCAUCCUCAAGUACAUUCCCGGCUUGGGACUGCGCGUCAGUGAAGAAGCAGAGAUGCGAGGACUGGAUCUGGACCAGUUCUUCGACGAACAGAUUGGCGACUGGUCCUACUUUGAGACGUUUGAGGGCAACCAUCAGGUCUCGCAUAGCCUCUCGCCACCCAUGCUGCCGACCAGCAGUGCCACCAGCGAGCAGGCCGAAGCCACCAAGGCGGAGAGGAAGGAGUAG